GAAUUUUAUCUCUUUUACUUUUCCUCUUUUCUUUUUCUGCACUUUCUUAAUUUCUUUUCCUUAAUUUAUAAUCUAUCUCUGUAGUUAUCCUUUCGGCCAUUUCUGUUCCAUAACGCCAUUCUCAAACACUCAACCAUAUAUUCAAUCUCUCCUCGAGACUCCCGCUAUCGAAACUGCAGAGAACAAACCCAAAUUUCAGAGCAAUUUAAAGGGCAAUUUCUUGUGUUCUACUUAAUAAAGUUAAAUUCUGAUUGGAAUCGAAGGUGAUCAGGUUGUUACAGAUGGCAUCGUCGAAGGUGAUGGCUUCGUGGUCGCCGACCAAUUCGGACCGCCCACGUCAGCCCUCACCGCCCCGGUCGAAUGUCGACCCCGAUCCGACCCGGGGUUUCGGCUCCAUGAACUUCGACGACAUACUCAGAAACAUCUGCUCCGAUUCUCAGCCCUUCGCGCUCGACGGCGACGGCGGCGGACUGGGGGAUGGUGUCCGGGAGGAGACGGUCGCAGAGGUCUGGAGGGAUAUGGUGAGCAGCGGCGCCGCCGCCGGGGGAGGGGGCGACGGUCCGGCCAUGACUCUGGAGGAUUUUCUGACUAAGGCGGGGGCGGUGGAUGAGGAGGACGUUAGGGUUCCGGAGAUGGCGGCGGUGCCUCCGCUGCCAACUGGUGGGUUUGUGAUGGAGGCGGCGGUGAUGAGCCCCGCUGCUGGUGUCCCAGCGGUUCAAUUUGCUCCAGUGGAGCUUGGGAACGGGAUAGCGGCGGCGAGUGGCAGAGGCAGUGGUGGCGGAAGGGGGAAGAGGAAGGCGGCUGUGGAUCCGGUGGCGCUGGACAAGGCCACGCAGCAAAGGCAGAGAAGAAUGAUUAAGAACAGGGAGUCAGCUGCUAGGUCCAGGGAACGAAAGCAGCUUGAGCUUUCUGAUUCUGUUAUUUUCCCCUAUGAUGUUGCUUUUUCUUCCACUUGGCCUUGCAAGGCUUAUACUGUGGAAUUGGAGACAUUGGUGACGCAGCUGGAGGAUGAUAAUGCGAGGCUUCUGCAAGAAGUGGCUGAGUUGAACAAGGAGAGAUAUGAGCAGCUUAUGAAGAACAUAAUUCCAGUCACAGAGAAAGCUAGACCUUGUAGAGUUCUGAAGAAGGUACGUUCCAUGGAGUGGUAGAUUAUGUCUUUAUAUAUUCCUGAUAAUGAAUGUUGGAGCAAGAACAACAACUUGAUAAUGAAUGUUGGAGCAAGAACAGCAACU